UGGACUCAGAGAUAUUUCUCCACCUUUGGAAACCUGUCAAGCCCCGCUGCGAUCAUGGGUAACUCCAAGGUGGCAGCUCACGGGAGGACUGUGCUGGGAGGUCUGGAGAGAGCCAUCAAGAACAUGGAUAACAUCAAGGCCACCUAUGCGGCACUCAGUGUGAUGCACUCUGAGAAAUUGCAUGUGGAUCCCGACAACUUCAGACUUCUGUCUGAUUGCAUCACCGUGUGCGCUGCCAUGAAGUUUGGUCCCUCU